CGACUAACUUCGUGUGGCGUCACCCUAACUAAUUGCACAACGGGCUUGACAGCACUUCAUCGCGAGUCAACAAAGGACAACGAGCGAUGAAUAAUAUCCGCGCUAUCGAAAAGCUGAACCAGCGGGAGCUGGAAGCUGGCAUUCCAUUAUCCGCCUCCUGGCAUACCGACUGGUCCGAUACCGCAUACGUUUACAUCGGCGGCCUUCCAUACGAGCUCAGCGAGGGCGACAUAAUCACAAUCUUCUCCCAGUUCGGUGAACCCGUUCACGUCAAUCUUAUUCGUGACAAGGACACUGGAAAGAGCAAAGGGUUCGCUUUUCUCAAAUAUGAAGACCAGCGAAGUACAAAUCUUGCGGUAGACAACUUGGGUGGGGCUACAAUUCUCGGGAGAAUAAUUCGGGUGGAUCAUACCAGAUAUAAGCCGAAGGAAGGAGAACUAGAGGAGCUUCUAGGCCAAGGUUCAGGGCCGAGGGAUCGAGAUGAUGGCGACGAUGAUGAUGAGAGUGAGCAUCACAGCAAGAGAAGAAGGGGCAAGGGAAGGGAAGAUAUGCCACCACGGGAGAUGCUUCCGGAAGAGAUUGAACUACAAAAGUUAAUACGGGACCACGAUGAGGACGAUCCAAUGAAGGAAUACCUUGUGAGGCAAAAGAAAGAACAAGUCGAAUUGGCUCUUCAGAAGUUGAAGAGGGAGAAGAAGUCCUCGCACCAUCGGCGCGACGGUGACAGCAAAAGAGAUCACCGACACUCCCAUAGACACAGGAGCCGUUCAGAGGGGAGAUCUAGGCGGCACAGAUCUCGUUCCAAGGAGCAAACGCACAAGGAGAGAGCCUCUGAAGAACCGAGCAGGUCUCAGGAAAGGGGCAGGGACGGCCGAAGGGGAAAAUAUCAUGAUAGAGAUGGUGGUAGAGACAAGGGCAAAGAUAGGGAUAGGUAUGGGGAUUGGGAUGGGGAUAGGGGCGGGAGCAGCAGACUGGAGAAGGAGCGAGGCCGGGACAGAUUUCACAGAGAUAGUGGACACUCUUCCAGAAGAGAGGGGCGCCGGUAUGAUGACUGA